GUAUUCCCAUCUGUCAGCAGCACUUAAUUUGGAAUAACACGGAACUUGAAGAUAAUUAUUGCUUGAAUGAUUACAACAUUUCAGAAGGUUGUACCUUGAAGCUGGUAUUGGCUAUGCGUGGUGGACCUAUAAAUACUAGAAGAGUUCCUAUGGAAGAUCCACUUAGGGAGAUGGCUGAGUACAUGGAUUCCACUCAAGAUGAGGUCUGGGAGAAGAUCUCCUGCAACAAACAAGUUACAUUUUUGGUAUAUCGAGAAGGAGAUCAGUUGAAUUUCUUUCAUGUAGUAGAUAGGGGAGAUGGCACGUUAACACCAUUAUCUGAAUUUAAGGUAAAUAGUUUUAAUUUGCAUGUCUCACUUAACAAAGGAGAAUAUUGUACGAUUGGUGGUUCUGUGUAUAACUUGUAUACAAAUGAGGAUGAAGAAAUUGAGCCUUCUCCUUCUGGGCAACAGAUAAUUGAAAAUUCAAUAACUAUGAAUAAGAUGAAGCUGUUGAAGACUAAGAUGGAAAACAUGAAUCUCAGCAAAAAGCCUAAGAAAGCUGUCAAGGUAAAACCUCGCCCACCUAUAGCUCCUCGACCUUCUAGUGGUUCCACAACAGCAGCUCGCCACAGACUAUUAAGGGUUCUCCCGCACAUCGGGCAAUCUUGUUUACCGUCUUCUGGGAAUGCAUAUCUACCUGAAACAUCCAAGAAUGCAGUUUCAAGUUUGGCAGCUCAGCCCUUUGCUGAUAGACCCGUAUCAUCUAUCACUAGUGAAUUUCUAAAGGAAGAUGGUAACUGGAAUAAUAACACACUGUCUCAUUCCAAUAGUGGCAUCAAACUACCACCUCAGAUACCCCAUAUGGAGUUUGAAAAUGGCAAAGAGCUUGCUGAUUCUGUUUUCCAUCUUGGAUCAUCCUUGCCUAGACGGACAAAACACUUUUCAGGAAGCCUGACAUCUAAUAGUGAGGAUGACACUCUUAUUUCCAACUCAGAACAGUUUGUAACUGAAGAAUCACUUCUACCUGAAGUGGGUUCAUUUGCUUUAUUUACAGAAGUAAAUGCUGAUGAACAACACAGUGGCUUAGAAGGUACACGGAAGGUAAAUCCAGAGUUCUUACUUCCUAAUGGUGAUAAAGGGUUGGAAGCUACAGAGCAGCAUCUUAAACGUGUUACAAAAAUGUUGAAUGGUGAAUCAGUAGAGACUGCAGUUCUUAACCCUCGUGAAUUAAGUCCUCACAAGAAUAGACUCUUGUCACCUCUUUGGUUUUCUGCACCAAUAUCACUACAUAAUUCUCUGGUGAAACAACAGAGACAGUCCAAAUGUUUUGAGUCUGGGAACCUCGAAUCUUCUGCUUCACAAAAUGUGCUCCGGUCAUUGGAUUUUCGAAACAUAACUGAUUCUUCUUUCUCUAGGACUCCUCGCUUUCAAGGUGUUAAAGUUGAUUCACCUGGGAAAAGAUCUGAUAUUAUUUCCAAAGUUGAGGCUAGGGAUAUCACAGAAAUGGCUAACAAGGCUUCCAGAGAGCCUGUUGGUUGUGUAAAUAGUAUUGGUUUUCUUGCUUCACUGGCCCGGAACACAAACAGAGAUAGUUUACAGAGAACUCGUGGAGCAGGCAGGCUUCGGACCCCUGGAAUUGGGCUGUCUACAAACCACCAGCAUUUUCAGGAAGAAAGUCUUAGGAAAAGUUCUCCCCGGGUAGAACCUACAGAAUUUUUUCUAUCUGCUCGUGGUAUUGGAAUGCAUGGAAAUAAUGCAUCAGCAGGGAAAAGAGUAGGAGAAUGUACUAAUCACCUGCCACCUGUGAAAGGUCCUAUUCCAACAAAGAAGAAAACAACAAAUCAUUGUUUUCUUUGUGGAAAGAAAACAGGACUGGCUACUAGCUACGAAUGCAGAUGUGGAAACAACUUCUGUGCAUCUCAUCGCUAUGGAGAAACUCACGGCUGCACCUAUGAUUACAAGAGUACAGGGAGGAGAUACUUGCAGGAGACAAAUCCUGUGAUUAAUGCACCAAAACUUCCAAAAAUCUAACUCUUUCUCUGCACCUUACUGUUCUGCCUGAGGAAUCGUAUUAUAAUGACAGAAGAAAUAUCAUUUAGACUGCAUUAUCUUUGUUCGACUCCAAAAGACUUGCCAAAUUAACAAAAGCAUAGAUUGCAUACUGUUAGAGAAUGAGAUUGCUACUGUAUUUGACAUCUUUAUUCUUUGGUGAAUCAAAAGUUUUAAAAGUAGUUUAAAAAACUUUACACUACAAUGAUUUAGCUUUGUUAUUGCAUGGCU